AGCAUCUCUCCAGCAACCAGGAGGAAACUUACUGACGCGCCGCUUCCUCACUGACAGAUCCUCGCCCCAGCUCCAGCCAUGUGUGGGAUCUUUGCCUACCUGAAUUACCAAGUGCCUCGCACCAGAAGGGAGGUAUUUGAGACGCUGGUGAAGGGACUGCAGCGCCUGGAGUACAGAGGGUACGAUUCAGCAGGUGUUGCUGUGGACGGCCCUGACAAGUCGGGCACUGACAUCAACAGUAACAGCAUCUGCUUGAUCAAGAAGACAGGAAAGGUCAAGGCCCUGGAGGAGGAGCUUCACAAAAAAGACACACUUGACCUGGACGCCAAGCUGUACACACACUUUGGCAUCGCUCACACUCGCUGGGCCACGCACGGAGAGCCGAGUGCUGUGAACAGCCAUCCUCACCGCUCUGACAAGGAAAAUGAGUUUGUUGUCAUCCACAAUGGAAUCAUCACCAACUACAAAGAGCUGAAGAAGUACCUGAUCGCCAAAGGAUAUGAGUUUGAGUCAGAGACGGACACAGAGGUGAUCCCGAAAUUGAUCAAAUAUGUUUACGACAACCGUGAGAACGACAACGUCACUUUCUCCACGCUGGUUGAGAGAGUCAUUCCACAGCUGGAGGGGGCCUUCGCUCUGGUGUUUAAAAGCCGUCAUUUCCCUGGAGAUGCUGUUUCCACCAGGAGAGGAAGUCCAUUGCUCAUUGGUGUGCGAAGUGAGCACGAGCUGUCCACCGAGGACAUCACCGUCCAGUACAACAACGGUCCUCUAAAGGAGGUAGUCCAGGAAAGGAACAGCCAUAACCGUCCUGACAGCUCCGACCCCAUCGACUCAGAGGGGGGUGGGAGGGCUGUGGAGUAUUACUUUGCCUCUGACGCCAGCGCCAUCAUUGAGCACACGAACAAGGUGCUGUACCUGGAGGAUAAUGACAUCGCAGCGGUGACUGAGGGGAAACUCUCCAUCCACAGGCUGAACCGGCAGGCCGGGGACGACCCUGUGAGGGCGAUCCAGACCCUGCAGAUGGAGCUGCAACAGAUCAUGAAAGGAAACUACGAUGCCUUCAUGCAGAAGGAGAUCUUUGAGCAGCCGGAGUCAGUGGUCAACACUAUGAGAGGCCGGAUUUGUUCGGAUUCCAACAAAGUGGUUCUCGGUGGGCUGAAGGACCAUCUGAAAGAAAUCAAGCGGUGCAGACGGUUAAUCGUGAUUGGCUGUGGCACGAGCUUCCACGCGGCAGUGGGUACCCGACAGAUCCUCGAGGAGCUCACAGAGCUGCCCGUCAUGGUGGAGCUGGCGAGCGACUUCCUGGACCGCAACACUCCCGUUUUCAGAGAUGAUGUUUGCUUCUUCAUCAGCCAGUCAGGAGAGACAGCAGACACCUUGAUGGCACUGUGCUACUGCAAAGACCAUGGCGCUCUAACAGUUGGAAUAACCAACACUGUGGGCAGCUCCAUUUGUAGAGAAACAGACUGUGGAGUCCACAUCAAUGCUGGGCCUGAGAUCGGAGUGGCAAGCACCAAGGCCUACACCAGUCAGUUUGUGGCCCUCAUCAUGUUUGGUCUCAUGAUGAGUGAGGACAGGCUCUCCCUACAGAAGAGAAGACUGGAGAUCAUCGCUGGCCUCAGGGUGCUACCUGAGCUGAUAAAGAAGGUGUUGACUCUGGAUGAUAAGAUCAAGACCAUUGCCAAUGAGCUGUACGAGGAAAGGUCCCUUCUGGUCAUGGGCCGUGGUUACAACUAUGCCACCUGCCUAGAGGGGGCGCUGAAAAUCAAGGAGAUCACGUACAUGCACUCAGAAGGGAUCCUGGCUGGGGAGCUGAAACACGGCCCCCUGGCGCUCAUCGACAAAAACAUGCCAGUCAUCAUGAUCAUCAUGAGAGACGGCUGCUACACCAAGUGCCAGAAUGCUCUGGAGCAAGUCACUGCCAGAUCGGGUCGGCCCAUCAUCCUGUGUUGCCAAGACGACCCUGAGGUGACUAAUCAUGCCUACAAGACGAUUGAGCUGCCGCACACUGUGGACUGUCUGCAGGGCAUCCUCUGCGUCAUCCCCCUUCAGCUCCUGUCCUUCCACUUGGCCGUCCUCCGAGGAUUUGAUGUUGACUGUCCCCGAAACUUGGCCAAGUCUGUGACUGUGCAGUGAACACGGUUCACAGAGAGGAGAGAGGCGGCUCAUAGAUUAACUGUGCAAUCGUACAUUUGAGCAUUUAGUAUGUUUUCGUGCGUGUGUGUGUGUAUGUGAUUGUGUGUGGAUGGGGGGAAGUAGUGCGUGUGUGUGUAGGAAGGAGUGAAUGAGCGAGUGAAUGUGACAGAUGGAAGGAGGUUGAUAUGGUGCAGUUCCUUUUAUUAAGAAACUAGAGAGAAAUGUGAAGUAGGACCAAUACACUGCUGAGGACCUGCCAGUGCCAUUGAGGCCUCGCGGAACAAUCUAUGAAAAUCUCUGACAACAAUCAAACAUCCAAAGAAACAUGAAAUGCCUUUUUUUAAAAUCAAUCUCAAGUUGAGCCGAAAUCAAGUACACAAGGUAUAUUGAAGUGUUUACAGUUGUGCAAUAUUGGAACCAAAUGUGCAUUAUGAAUGUACAAAAUCAUGAAUGAGGUGAUUAAUUCUCUUCCUGUUUUAUCCUAUGUCCAUCGGGAGCUCCUUGAACAUGUGUUGCACAAUGGGAAUUGUAGGUAUACAGUUUUGUUCCAGAUAAAUCUCUGAGUUAUGAUAAUCAUAUUUUAUGUAUUUUGUUGCACACUCAUGCAAUUACUGUGCCUGGUGGGACAUCAACCCACAAUUUUUUAUCAGAAGCUCCCAGAAGUUAGUUCCUCUCUCUGACGUGUUGUAUUGAUCCUUUUUACAUGUUUAAGCUUCAUUUUUAUUAUUCCAUUGUAAUUUAAAAUAUAUAUAGAAUGUCUGGUGUGAAACUACAGUUUCCAAAGUUAGUUCAUGUUAGAACCAGAUUUUCUUUAUAUAGGGUGGAGCAUUUCCAUUGGCAAACACAAACAUUAUUCAAGAAUAGUCUGGCAGCAAAAUAAAUGAUGUACCAUGAUUUUUAAUACCUUUGUUUUGACAGCCAUUUCUAUGGGUUUACAGUAAUGAUAAUAUUCGGUAUUUAUCAGAUUUUUAUUUUAUAGGGCCUAAG